AAGCUAGCGAGUUUAUAGUUGGCGGAUGGUAGCUUCUUAUCUUCCCAUUUGCUAAUACAACUAUUCAGCUAUGAACUUCGCUUUUGUCUGACGAUCAUCGGCCACGGGACUUCGUUGAACGGCGACUUUUGGAGAUCACCGUCAUAUGUGUUGUCCUGGGCAACAGACUUAACAGGUUAACAGGUUUAGCUACCGUUAGCCGUGGCCCUGUCCUGGUUGACAUGACAACUUUCCCGACCUCUGUCCUGGUUGACAUGACAACUUUCCCGACCUGCCGAUGACCCGUAUGUCAUCCCUGUGAUAUUCCUGCCCGGUGGGACCAUCUUAAACAACACAUCAUGGAUGAGGAGUCUGUAGACCAAGUGUCCAACCUGUCUCCUCUUCGCCACAACGCUGGAGCUGACUGUAACCAUGGUGACCAGAGCUCACUGUUGAGCCAGCGGGAGAUGGUGUUGGAAAACCACGAUUAUCUCCAUCACCGUGAAACACUGGCCUCAAAGGUUUCAGCGGAAGAGAGAGGAGUGUGGUGCGAGUCUGAUGUCCCUGUAGUACAACAGAACAACCUCGACAACACAACAUCAUCCACUAAGAAGUCUUUCCUUGCUCUGUGUGUGGACGACUCUUCACUACAAAACAGUCCCGGGACCGACACAUGAAGACCCACACGGGAGAGAAGCCGUUCCACUGCACCGUGUGUGGGAAGAGCUUCUCUCAGCAGUCCUCCUUUAGGAUACACCAGAAGAGCCACACGGGGGAGAAGCCCUACCGCUGCCUUGCACCUGACUGUGGGAAGAGCUUCUACCAAUCAGGAGCCUUGUUGAGACACGGAAGGGGUCACGCUGAGGGGUCGACUAGACUAAGAGCUGCUGGAGAUGUGCUGCCACACCAACAGGAGCUGCUUGUCCAACAGGACGAUACCAGUAACAAGAAUUCUAAACUUCAGGCUGUAGUGGAUGUGCUGCCAGAGCAAGAGGAUGUCCGUCGGGCUCAAGGAGACUGUCCUGCCCCUCCUCCCAGCUCCGUCCCCUCUACACCGGGAGGACUACCUGUCCAACACCAGCAGAACCACAACAACACUUCCAACACCUGUCAGAAGUGCGGAGAGCAGUUCUCUACCUUCUACAAGCUGCGUGUCCACCUGACCACCCACAGGGGAGAGAAGCCCUUCUCCUGUCCAGACUGUGGUCAACGCUUCUCAGCCCGGGGCUACAUGGAGUCACACCAGAGGGUACACAUCAAGGAGAGACCACACCCCUGCCCCGACUGUGGUAAAAGGUUCCUCUCCCUGGGAGACCUGAAGAGACACCAGCAGAGCUUCUCCGAGGAGAGACCGUACAGCUGCUCCGAGUGCAGGAAGAGUUUCACCCAGCCGGGGUUCCUAAGGGCACACCAGAGGACACACACCGGGGUAAAAGGUUACCGCUGCCCCUACUGUCACAAGGACUUCUUCACUGCCUCCAGUCUGAGGAGACACAGGAAGCAGGCGCAUGCGGAAGAGACCGUUACGCUGCCCCCUAGUGGUGGACUCCAGCUGUCACAUGCUGGAGAGAGCCUGGGUCAAGCUGAAGAUGGUGUACCAGGACUGAAGGUCAUAGUGAAGGAGGAGGAGGAUCCUGCUUUUGGUGAGUACAUGUUCUGUCACAUGUCAUGGUCACACCUUAUUAUGUCAGACCG